CAAACGUAAUAAUAAAUAACAGAGCACGCAACAUUCUGUGAAUCUGCGAUAAACCGAUCGAUCACAUUUUUAAAAAAUUACCUUACUGAUUAUUACAAAUUGAAUCGAAUCUUAAGAUAAAGUCAAUAUGAAGUUUUUCAUAACGGUAACGUUAAUAUUUAUUGGUUUACUACAUGAUGGUACAUACUGUACUAGUGAAGACCUGGAUGAAAACGAUGGAAUUCGAGAAUGUUAUGGUGUAAGCUGUCCUAAAGGCACUGUUACUUGCACCAAACAUUCCACAACAACCAGCGAUUUGCAAUAUAUCGAUACUGUCGUCAGAUGUAUUGAUAAUCAAGGUAACACUAUGAAAUCUGACCAGCAACAAAGAGCUAAUCCUUUUCCAGAUGUACGAUUUUCAAUUUUCUCUUUUGAAAGUGGAGUUAUAGGAACUUCAGGAAGACAACCGUCUGACGCAACUCCAGCAUACGAUAACAAAUAUGACCAAGUUGAAACGUUUUAAAAAAUAUUUUCCGUAAAUUAUACAAUGCAGUUUUGAUGCUAGGAAAAAAACUGGAAAUAUAGAUACAUUUUAUUUUU